UACUUCGACCUAUACCGUAACGAGUACUUCUUCGACCGCUCGCGAUCGUGUUUCGACGCCAUACUCUACUACUACCAGUCGGGCGGUCGACUGCGGCGACCGGUGAACGUCUCGCUGGACAUCUUCGUGGAAGAGAUCAAGUUCUACGAGUUGGGCGAACAGGCCUUCGAUAAGUUCCGCGAAGACGAGGGUUUCAUCAAAGAGGAGGACCGACCCCUACCGGGCAAUGAGACGCAACGCAAACUGUGGCUACUGUUUGAGUUCCCCGAGUCGUCCCAAUGGGCCCGAGUGGUGGCCAUCAUAUCCGUAGUGAUCAUACUGUUGUCAAUAGUGAUAUUCUGUUUGGAAACGCUGCCCGAGUUUAAACACUAUAAGAUUUAUAAUAUAACCGAAAAUAUUACCAGGGUGAUUGAGGAUGAAACGCCCUCGGUGACUGAGCCGUUUUUUAUUGUCGAAACCCUAUGUAUUGUGUGGUUUUCUGUCGAGAUUAUUGUCCGCUUCCUCUCCUGUCCGUCGAAACUGGAGUUCAUUAAGGAUAUCAUGAAUACCAUAGAUCUGGUGGCGAUUGUCCCCUAUUUUAUCACUUUGGCCACAAUGUUGGCCGAGAAGGAGGAGGACAGACACCGCUUUGUGGCCGAGAGGGGCAAUCAAGCGAUGAGCUUGGCCAUUUUAAGAGUGAUUAGACUGGUUCGGGUGUUUAGGAUAUUUAAACUGAGUAGACAUUCAAAAGGGUUGCAGAUUCUGGGCCGUACCCUAAAGGCCAGUAUGCGUGAGUUGGGCUUGCUGAUAUUUUUCCUGUUCAUCGGGGUGAUUUUGUUUUCGUCGGCCGUGUAUUACGCCGAGGCUGACUCCGACCGGUCGUACUUUAAGUCCAUUCCCGACGCGUUUUGGUGGGCAGUCGUUACUAUGACAACCGUUGGUUACGGCGAUAUGCGUCCGGUGGGUGUUUGGGGCAAAAUCGUGGGCAGUCUGUGCGCCAUCGCCGGUGUGCUAACCAUCGCACUGCCGGUGCCGGUGAUUGUGUCCAACUUUAACUACUUCUAUCACCGCGAGACCGAUCAGGAGGACCUGCAGUCGGAAAACUUUAACCACGUGACCGGCUGUCCGUAUUUGUCGGGCACAGUGGGCACCAGUAAACUCAGGCGAACCUCUUAUAGCGACUCAAACAUAUCCAGAAGUGAUGAUAAUAUUAGCGUUACCGGCGAUGGCAGUGGCGGCGGUGGCUGUGAUGAUGAUAACGACGACCCACAGGCCAGACCCGUGUCCGCCGGCGGCGGCCUUAUAACGGCUGUCACUCCGCAACUCAUAUCGUUUCACAACUCGAGCCGCGAUCUGCACCACAAUUAUAGCAACAAUAAUAAUCAUCACCACAACAGCUCCUCCAUCAUCAGCAGCGACAACGGCUCAGAGCUGCUCCAAUCGCGACACUUCAGCCAUUACUGUCACCAAUUGAUCCGCACGUCCGAUGACGAGAGUGUUAUGAACGCCACGAACAAUGAUAAUAGCGAUCAUAAGUGUGCCAUCAGUUUGAUCGGGUCGUCGGCGGCGGCCGUCACCGAUGGCCACCAGUUGCCGACCUUCCGGUGCGACUGUGCCUCACAGUUAUCGACGGCCACAUCGGCUGACGGGUCGCUGUCUACCGGUGCGUCCUCUUCGGCGGCCAUCAACUCGUACUCAUACAAGUCAAUGGAGGAGGCGAUGGACGGGCGGCCCCCGAGCCGAUCACCAACACUGUCCACCACACCCUCGCCACAGCCACCCCACCCGCCUGUCCGGCUAUUGACCACAACAGCGGCCGUCAUUGCGGUGCCAUUAUUAGGGCCACACAUCUGUGCUUCCAAUGCCAUCAACAACAACAACAACCGCAACAAUAGCCACAUUCAUAAUCAUAUCAACGAUAAUAACAACGCAACCAUCGGUGGUGUGGUUGCGGUCGAGACUAUACCCCGACUAUGCGAUAGUAAUCGCGCGGAUAGUUAUCACUCGGCCGUUACGAACAGACAUACGGCCGGUGCCGGUGACCAGCGGUCACUACUAGUAGUCGACACACCCGUCGAGACCGAUGUAUGA